AUGUCUGUUUCUUUGUUUCCAGACCAGCUCCCAGAUACCCGAAGCCUCAUUCGACGAGCGCACGAAGCGAAGAAGAGGACAGUACUUGUCAAGUCCUUCUUUGAGAAGGCAUAUUCCGCGCUCCGGGCGGAGGUAUGGAAUCUCCCCAGGAAUGUUAGAGAUCAAAUACCGCCGUUCAACAGCGUAUAUGAUCUGAGUGAGAGGCAUGCGGCCUCUAAGAUCCAGCGCGUGGAAGUCUCCAGCGCACUUUUAGUAAUUGCUGAGCUAGCCAACUUUAUCGGCCACCAUGAGCAGGACAACCGCAGUCUCGAUACAACAGAUGACCUCCUGGUCGGCACUGGUCUGGGCCAGCUGGCUGCCGCCGCCGUUGCUUGCGCGGCGAACAUCAUUGAUUUACCAGACAUUGCCGUAGAAUCAGUGCGACUGGCGUUUCGCACGGGAGCAGUAGUAGAGAACUUCUCAAUUCCAGCUCGACGUGCUGGAGAGUCGGAUGCCAGCUGGAGCCUCGUUGUUCCAGGCUCUGCCGAAGAAAUUCAGACGGAGGUCCAUAGUCUGCAAGAAGCAGCUAAUCUACCGGUCACCAGCCGUGCGUUUAUCUCGACUAUUAGCGAAUUUGCAAGCACAAUCAAUGGAAGCCCUGCACGCCUUGACUGGCUCAAGCGAAGCUCCAAGAUUUUCCAAGCUUCAGGUAUACAAGAGCUGGAAAGCGUGGGCGUAUGGCACUCGGCCGACAUCUACAGCGAGGAGCAGGUAUCCGAAGUCACACAGUCACGGUCUGAGGCCUUGAAGCAGAUUCCUGCCCCUAGGAGAACAACCAUAUCCGCCAGCUCUGGAAAGCACUCAGAAGCCACAACCGCAAGCGCCCUUUUCACAGAAGCAGUCACAGACAUCCUUCGAAAACCCGUACAAUGGUCAUCCAUCACGAAGACUGUAGCGAGCGACUCGCUUCUCUCGCAAGGUGCAACACUGGCCGGAUUCGAGACGUCACAAGCAUCCAGGAGCCUGCAGGCUGCGAUCCAGUCUGAAGGCAAGUCAAUUGCAGUCCAGGAUUUGGAGCGGUGGUCAACGGCCGACACUGGCUCAAAGCCUGUCCAGAAUACCUCAAACAUUGCCAUCGUUGGAAUGUCCGGUCGCUUCCCCGGUGCGGCUGACGUUGAAGCGCUCUGGGAAGUUUUGGUGCAGGGCAAGGAUAUGCACAAGAGAAUCCCCAAGGACCGCUUUGACCCCGAGACCCACCAUGACCCGAACGGAAAGGUCAACAACACCAGUCACACACCGUUCGGUGCAUUCAUCGAGGAGCCUGGUCUAUUCGAUGCUCGCUUUUUCCACAUGUCUCCAACGGAAGCUACUCAGACCGAUCCGAUGCACCGUUUGGCCCUUGUUACCGCGUACGAGGCGCUUGAACAAUCCGGUUUCGUACUCAACUCGACUCCGUCAUCGCAGCAAGAUCGUGUCGGUACUUUCUAUGGUCAAACAUCCGACGAUUGGCGUGAGGUCAACGCAGCGCAAAACAUCGGGACAUAUUUUAUCCCCGGAGGUGUGCGAGCAUUUGCUCCUGGGCGUAUCAACUACUACUUUAAUUUCCGUGGUCCUAGCUACAGUGUCGAUACAGCUUGCUCCUCUAGUAUGGCGGCCAUUCAGAUCGCAUGCUCAUCUUUGAGGUCCGGUGAGUGUGAUACUGCAAUUGCGGGCGGAGCCAACGUCCUCACUGCGCCUGAUAUCUUUGCGGGUCUCAGUCGCGGUCAGUUUCUUUCUAAGACAGGCUCGUGCAAGACCUGGGACAGCAAGGCAGAUGGUUACUGCCGAGCUGAUGGCGUUGGGUCGGUCGUAUUAAAACGAUUGGACGACGCUAUUAACGACAAGAACAAUAUUCUUGGUGUUAUUCUAGGUACUGCCACUAAUCACUCCGCCGAUGCCAUUUCUAUCACCCACCCUCACGCUGGAAACCAGGCCUAUCUCUACCAGAGCGUCCUCCAUGAGGCGGGCGUCAACCCCCUGGACGUCAGCUACGUUGAGAUGCACGGUACCGGAACUCAGGCCGGAGAUAUGGCUGAAAUUGGCUCAGUCACGACCGUCUUCGCGCCCGAACAUGCUCGUGGCACUGGUCCUGAGAAUGUUCUGCAUAUCGGAGCCGUCAAAUCAAACAUCGGUCACGGUGAAGCUGCUGCUGGUAUUGGAGCACUCAUCAAAGUGCUUCUCAUGUUGCAGAAGAACACUAUUCCCAAGCACGUUGGCAUCAAGCACGACAUUAACCCUGGUUUCCCCGACCUAGUCGUCCGCAACAUCAAGGUGCCCUUCGAGAACACUCCUUACCCCAGGCCUGAGGGCAAGGGCCGAACUGUGUUCCUGAACAACUUCAGUGCCGCUGGUGGUAACACUGCUAUGCUCAUCCGAGACGGACCUGCCCAGACUAAACCUCUAGGUACGGACCCACGCACGUCUUUGCCUUUCGUCACCUCCGCCAAGUCGCUCUCCUCGCUCGCACGACAGGCUAAGACUCUCGCUGCUGUUGCUGCUAAUGCCUCGGCCGACGACUUCGCGAGCUUGUCCUACACCUUGACCGCGCGCCGCAUGCACCACAACUACCGUAUUGGCGUCACUGCGUCUAACCUGGAUGAGUUGAAGAUGCUUCUGUUGGCGAAGGCGGACGAAGGCAACUUUUCGCCCGUGCCCUCGGCUACUCCCAAGACGGCUUUUGUCUUCACCGGUCAAGGAGCAUACUAUGCUGGUCUCGGCAAAACUCUCCUUGAACAAUCCAAGAUCUUCCGGUCCACGAUCCUCCACCUUGACCAGCUCGCACAGGGCCAAGGCUUUGGUUCUUUCCUUCCUGCGCUCAACGGCACUCCUACAGAGCAGUUGACUGCCCUCGAGACUCAGCUUGCUUUGGUGUCUGUGCAGAUUGCCUUGCUGAAGUUGUGGACUUCCUGGGGCGUCAAACCUUCCGCUGUCACCGGUCAUAGCCUCGGAGAGUAUGCCGCUCUCUAUGCUGCAGGUGUUUUGACGAUGGAGGAUACCAUCUACCUCGUCGGAGCCCGAGCCCGCCUUCUACUGGAGCAGUGCACUGAGAACACCCACGCUAUGCUGGUUGUUAAGGGGUCACAAUCGGAUGUUGAGGCUACUCUGCAAGGAUCCCAGUACGAGAUUGCUUGCUUGAACUCGCCCAGCGAGACGGUGGUUGCCGGCGCCGUGAAGCAGAUCGACUCUGCUAUCGCGACUUUGACCAAGAAUGGAAUCAAGACCACUCGUCUCAACCUUCCGUACGCGUUCCACUCUGCUCAGGUUGAGCCUAUCCUCGACGCCUUCGAAGAUCUCGCCAGCGGUGUUGUGUUCAGUGCUCCUACCAUCCCUGUCAUCUCGCCGCUACUCGGUGAGGUCGUUGAGGACCAGGGCGUCUUCAAUGCGUCUUAUCUUUGCCGUCACGCAAGGGAGACUGUCAACUUUGUCGAAGCUCUUGAAACUGCCAAACAUGAAGGCUUUGUUGGCGAAAAGACCAUCUUUGUUGAAGUUGGACCUCACCCUAUCUGCUCUGGCAUGGUCAAGAACACCUUCUCCCCAUCCAUCAGCACCGUUGGCUCGCUCAACAAGAGCGAGGAUUCUUGGAAGAGCCUCUCAAAGUCUCUCGUCUCUCUUCACACUGCGGGUGUGCCCGUCGACUUCGGCGAGUUCCACCGCGACUUUGACGCCGCUCACCAGCUACUUAGCUUGCCGACGUACAGCUUCGACAACAAGAAUUACUGGAUCCAGUACGUGAACGACUGGUGCUUGCACAAGGUUGAGCCACGCACCACUGUCCAGCAGAUCGAAAGCGCGCAGCCCGCUGCUCCUGCUCGAUCCAAGCUUUCGACCAGCUCAGUCCACAGAAUCGUUUCUGAGAGCUACGACGGACCCACCGGCAAGAUCGUAACCGAAAGCGACGUUAGCGACCCAGUAUUCCGUGCUGCUCUCUCUGGUCACCAGGUCAACAAUACAAGCCUUUGCCCUUCUUCCAUCUACGCUGAUAUGGCACUCACGCUUGGUGACUAUGCCUGGAAGGAGAUUAAUCCUGGAACCGCUGUUCCUGGCGUCAGCUGCAAUGACAUGGAGGUCUUCAAGCCUCUCAUUCUCAAGAACCAGGCAGAAGGUCGCAUUCUAGAGGUCACUGCCAAUGUAGACCUGACCAAGGGCGAGGCCAAGCUCCGAUUCCAGAGCAUUGACACCAACGCCAACAACCAAGUUACCCUACAUGCCAACUGUGUCGUCACUUACGAGGAUCCCGCAGCAUGGACCAACAACUGGAACUCGAUCUCUUACCUCCUCGAGGGCCGCAUUGACACUCUCAAGGAGAGGUUGGCCAAGAAUCAGGCAGACAAGAUGUCUCGUGGCCUUGCCUACAGGCUGUUCUCCACCUUCGUCGACUACAAGGCUCCUUUCCAGGGUAUGGAAGAGGUCAUCAUCGACGGAGCCAACUUUGAAGGUACCUCGACCGUCAAAUUUCAGACCACCGAGAAGGAUGGCAACUACCACGUCAGCCCGUUCUGGAUCGACAGUCUUGCGCACUUGGGUGGUUUCAUCCUGAACGGCACUACCGCGAUUGACACCAGCAAGUUUGUGCACAUCUCUCACGGCUGGAAGGCCAUCAAGUUCGCAGAGCCGCUCUCCAAGGACAAGACUUACAACGCCUAUGUAAAGAUGCAGCAGACUGGUGAGGCGAACGUCAUCGCUGGUGAUGUUUACUUCUUCGAGAGCGGGAAGAUCAUCGGUGUGUGUGCUGGUCUCAAAUUCCAGCGUAUCCCUCGUACCGUGCUCAACACCUUCCUACCGCCUCAAGGUGUAUCUGCCACCGCCACCAAGCCUGUCGCUGCCGCUGCUCCUAAGCCUGUCACUGCGCCUCGGUCGGUCGUUGCUGCUCCCAGGCCAGUCAUCGCGGCCCCGGUCGCUGUGACUACCAAGCCAACCCCAACCGCCGUUGAUGCUGGCAAAUUGAACAAGGCCAUCACAGCCAAGCUUGUCAAACCCGCUGCCCCGUCCGCCUCUGCUUCUGACAUUAUCUCUAAGGUUAUGGAUGUCAUCUCAGCUGAGUCUGAGCUUCCUCAGGAGGAACUCGGCGACGACUGCGAGUUCGCAAGCUUGGGAAUUGACUCACUGCUCUCUCUCCAGAUUCUUGGUAAGCUUCGCGAGGCUGCUGACCUUGACCUUCCCGCCCACGUGUUUACGGACUGCGAAACCAUCGGAGAGCUCAAGGCCUACCUGAACAAGACAUAUGCCACCGAAGGCGCUGCCUCCGACGAAGAGCCUGUACUAGUCAGUGAUAAUGACUCGUCCCCAGGUGAAGCUACACCUGCCUCUGUUGCUACCCCAGCCGACUUCGAACUAGUCAACGCGCCCUCCGCUGAGGGUGAUUUGCUGCAGCUCUUCCGUGAGACCAUCUCCGAACAAAUGGGUGUUCCUCUUGAGGAGGUCGUCGGCUCGAACGACCUCUUGUCCCUUGGUAUCGACUCGCUCAUGAAUCUGACCCUUUGCGGUGUCCUUAGAGAGAAGACUGAGAUCGAGCUUGACGCUGACUUCUUCCUGACUCACCCUUCCGUCGACGCUAUCGCCGAGUUCCUCAAUCCCAAGAAAGAAGCCCCGAAAACUGCUAAAGACGCACCUAAGAAGUCAUCAAGCAAGACAAGCUCCAAAACUGCUUCUUCCGGCCCCGCCCGCCGUGCUGUGUCUAUUCUCAUGCAAGGAAAGCCACGCACUGCUACCAAGACCCUCUUUCUUCUCCCCGAUGGUUCCGGCUCCGCUACAUCCUACGCCAGCAUCCCCGCCAUCGACUCCUCCGUCGCCGUCUUCGGCCUCAACUGCCCCUACAUGACUUCUCCCACCGAGUGGACCAACGGCAUCUCCGGCGUCGCCGGCAUGUAUCUCGAAGAAGUCCGCCGCCGCCAGCCCCAGGGCCCUUACCACCUUGGAGGUUGGUCCGCAGGUGGCGUCAUCGCCUACGAAAUGACGCUCCAACUCCUCGCUGCUGGCGAAAAAGUCUCCUCCCUUGUCCUCCUUGACUCCCCAUGCCCCAUCGAUAUUGAGCCACUCCCCGCCCGCCUCCAUGACUUCUUCGCCGAAAUUGGGCUGAUUGGCAGCGACGACGGCGCCAAGAUCCCUGACUGGCUGCUUCCGCACUUCAGCUCGAGCAUCAAAGCACUCGAUGAGUACAAGCCUCAGCCCGUCCCCGCUUCUGCGGCGGCCCGCGCCCCGAAGGUAUUGGCAAUCUGGGCGAGGCACGGGGUGUGUAGGUAUCCUGACUCUCCGCGCCCGGAGGUCAGGGGCGACGAGAGCAAGAGCAUGAAGUGGUUGUUGAACAACAGGACGGACUUUGGGCCGAAUGGGUGGGAUAGAUUGUUGGCCGACAGCGCUUUCACUUUCGAGAAGGUCGACGGGAACCACUUUACGCUUAUGAAGGCUAAGGACCAGUUGCAAGUCAUGGCCGAUGCGAUCAAGACUUUUGUCUAG